GCGGAUUUAGGCCUCGAUCACAUCAACAAUCAACUCAGCUUCGACGUGGAAGUAGCUUCGCUGCCUCCGCCCUCUUUUGAACUAUCAAAUUGGGACAUUUGUUACAGUGAUCAACUAGCACCGCCAUUAUCGCUACCACAACCUUUGUAUCCCGACCCGAAUUACUUUCCGGGCGGGCCGAGCGUACCCGACCUCCUAAACAUGCUUGAGCUACCGCGAUGUGCGGUGAAUCCACCGACGACGAGCUCAAUCUCAUUCGAUGGCAUCUCGAUGCUUUAUGAGCCGAUGAUCGGUGCGAGGAAUUCGAUGGGGACGGAGAAUUAUGGGUUGUUGCCGCAGAAUUAUGGGUUGUUUUGUGGGUUGGAGGAGAGGGAAGGAGGGAUGAUGGGAAGUGGAGAAGGAGAGAGGAGGAAGUUUGAUGGAGUGUUGGAUUGUAGAAGAGAAUUAAUGGCGAAGGGUGAUCAAAUGAAGGGGAGCUUUGCAACGGAGAGGCAAAGGAGGGUGCAGCUGAAUGAGAAGUUUGCUGCUUUGAGAUCACUCGUUCCUAAUCCCAGUAAGCCUGACCGAGCCUCCACCGUUGGAGACGCUAUAGACUAUAUCAAAGAGCUCCUCCGAACAAUAGACGACUUGAAACUACUAGUAGAGAAGAAGCAAUUAGGCCGAGAAAGAAGCAAGCAAAUAAUAAGAACUGAGGAGACCACAGCCUGCACUGACAUGGAGAGCUCAACAAUAAUAAGAUCAGCUAAGGAAGAUAAUCAGGAAAACCUUCCGGCCAUUAAUGGACCUCUUCGAAGCUCAUGGAUCCAAAGAAAGUCCAAGGAAACCUUUGUGGAUGUUCGGAUUAUCGAUGAUGAGGUGAAUAUAAAGCUCACUCAAAAGAAGAAGAUGAACACUCUGCUCUUUGUAUCCAAAGCAUUAGAUGAACUUCAACUUGAUCUCAACCAUGUUGCUGGAGGAAAUAUUGGAGAUUAUCACAUUUUCAUGUUUAAUGCUAAGAUAUGUGAAGGUUCAACAGUGUAUGCUGGAGCUGUAGCCAACAAGCUCCUUGAUGCCAUGGCUAGACGUACAGCGCAUGACUCUAUAUUUUACUUGUAACUAUAGAGAAUAUGCUCCUCUAAUCUAAAACAAUGAAGUUUUAAUAGUUAUUUCUGACGGGAGAAAUAAAUCAUUGCAGAUGUUCUAAGAAAAAAUAUUGUUAAA